AAAAAGGAAAUAAAGAAGAAGAGGUCAGCUGAUUUCAAGCUAGUUAAUGAAGCAGCAACCAACAACUAGAAAGCAGCAGUAUUAUCUACUGGACAAAUUAAAUAACUAAUGAAUGAAUAAGAUUCUAUCUAUUCUAUCUGCCUCUCUGUAACAACAUGAAAGGUUUAUACUGCCGUGCUGGUGUGAAUGAUGCUGAGCCCAAGUUCGUUAUCCAGGAAACGAGUCUUCCAGAGGUGUUAGGCAGCCAUCAGGUCAGAGUUCAGGUAAAGGCAUGUGGACUCAGCCCACUGGACCUCAAGUUGCUCAGUGAUGUAGGGAUCCAGAAAGAUUUAAUUCCUGUUGGCAGAGAGGUGGCUGGCGUCGUCCUGCAAGUGGGCCCCAAAGUCUCCUUUUUCCAGCCCGAGGACGAGGUUGUAGGUAUUCUUCCCCUGGACUCUCCCUGCUCUGGACUCUGUGAUGUCAUUGACAUAGAUGAACAUUAUUUAGUUCAGAAGCCAGAGAAGCUCAGCUCAGUGUGUGUUGCAGCAGCGCUGCGCGAUGGCCUCUCUGCUUACAGUGCUCUACACACACAUGCUCGCAUGGCAGCCGGGCACACACUACUGGUCAUGGACGGAGCCAGCUCUUUUGGCCUUAUGUGCAUCCAGCUAGCCUGUUACCACGGAGUGAAGGUUCUGACGACGUCACAUUCACAGCAAAAACACACAUUCCUGGAGCAGCUUCGGCCUAGCGUAGGUGUUCAGGAUCCUUUAGUAGCCAGGGUUAUUCCAGUCUAUAACGGCUCGUCAGACCUGCUGCCGCUGAUUUUGGAGGAGACAGGAGGACUGGGUGUGGAUAUAGUUAUAGACUCAGGAGUUCGUCUGCAGGAGGAGGAGGAAUCAGAGGAGAUGAAGCUACUCCCACAUAAACAUGACAUCAUCAGUGUGCUGGGAGUCGGGGGGCACUGGGUCACAUCCCACCAAGACCUGCAGUUGGAUCCUCCAGAUUGCAGAUUAUUGUUUUUAAAAUCAGCCUCCGUCUCCUUCCUCAAUCCUGAAAUCUGGACAGCUUCAUCAGCUCAGCAAGGAAGAUACCUCCAUAUUCUAAAGGACAUUGUGGAGAAGAUGUCAGCUGGGGUACUCAGACCUCAGCCUGAGGAGGCGUACCCUCUUUACGAAGCCACAGUUGCCAUGGAGACAGUCCAGCGUCACCAGAAGAAAAAAGCUGUUGUUCAACUCUGACCAAAAUAAUCACAUUCUGCUGGGCUAUAAGACAACACAGCCCCACAGUUCAACAGAAUCAGUUCUUUCUGCAGUUAAACUGUUAAAUGUAGCGAGUGAACAAUUACGGUCAUUAUUUUUACUUAGACUGAAACCUAUCACAACACUGUGGACCUGUUUGACUUUGAGCUGCAGGAUAUACAGACAAAUACAGACACCUUUGGCCACAUUCAGACUCAAAAUUUUACAUCUAGCCCCUGAAUGUAUGUAUUUCCAUGUGAGAUUACAACAGCAAAUUCUGCUAAUGGAAUUAACGUAAUUAAAUAAAUCAGAGUUUUAUGUUUUGCUUCUAAGUUGCCAAAUUGCAACAUAAACAGGAGCUGCAAUUUAUGUCGCUGUCAGUAUGUAAAAUGUUAAGUUUCAGCUUCUGAACUUUGUAAUUACUUGAACAAAAUCAAAUUAUUGGAUGUCAUAAGAAAAUCUUUUUUUAUUAACACUGUAUGGUGCCAUUUAAUCAGAAAAUAAAUAAAUAAAGCAA